AUCGUGACGGAAUAGCUUCCUGUAAUUACAAGCGCUAACCUGUGUUAGCUUCAUCACCCGAGUACAUGGAUUAGCUGGGAAAGAAGACUCCACAAAAUAUAUCGAAAUGUUUGGUUUUUGCUCAGGUCAUGCAUUAACUCUGCUUUAGUGUAUUUUCGAGUUCUUACAUACUUUCUAAAUGGGUGCGUAUUACUGUGCCAUAUGUAGGCAAACAACGUUCACAGGAAAGGGGCACAUCUUCGGAAAGAAUCACCAAAGCAGACUAAGAGUAGUUCUUCUUAAAUUCUUAGAAAAGGUGAAGGAAGCCCGCCGAACACUGAAAAAACCCCAAGUAGAAAAGUUUGAUUGCACUCAGCACAAGGAGACAUUCUGGUGCUACUGCUGUGGGCGUGAAAUUGAAAGAAAUGUUACGGACGGCAACAUGACUGUGCUGUAUGGAGGCUUAUUGGAGCACAUGGCCACUCCAGAACACAGAAAGAACACACACAAGUUCUGGUGGGACAAUAAGGCCGACCCCAAGCUCAGAGACAAGGUCAUCAUCACAGAGGAGGAAACUGAAAGGUUUAAAGAUGAGGUGGCAAAAGUGUUGGAAACAUUUGUGGAGAAGGAGGAUGAAUUCAUUAAACAGGAAGCUGAUUACAUCCGGGCCCAGGAGAAGCAUCGUCAAGAGGUCCUUCAGUCUCUUUUAGAGCGUGACGCAGAACCAGAGUCGUCAAAUGGACCCAACAGCACAGACAUGUCUGCAGACGAUGCUAUCAGCUCUCAAUUCACGUCUCAGGGAUCAGACCAGCAGGCGGGGAGCAGCUUUGUUGACUCAAUGGUUGAACUGCCGUGGGCUGCAACGGGACAAGGACUGACUUUCAUAGGUUAUCAGGAUUCAUCAAACAGUGGAAAUGUUCAUACAGGUGCCGUUCCUCCUUGGCUCCAGGAUGAUCCUCUGGAGGGGACCUCUGGAGAUGCAGCACAUCUGGAGAUUGGUCCAUCACUCCAAGAGUUCCUCAAACAGAAGGAGCAAGAGAAGCUGAGGAAGCUUCCACCCAACAGAGUGGGGGCCAACUUUGAUCACAGCUCACAUACAGACGCCAACUGGCUUCCCUCUUUUGGCAGAGUGUGGAACAGUGGCCGACGCUGGCAGUCCAGGCACCAAUUCAGACAAGAGGAAGGUCAGAAGAACAGACAGAAGAGGAAGAGGGAGCACGGCACAGAGGGCUCAAAGAAAGCAAAAACGACUGAACAGCCAACAAAUUCUGACAACACUUAAAACGGAGUAUGGUGUAUAUGGUGUGUGGGAAUUCAUGAGUGAAGGGAUGUAUAUAGUUUGCAACAUGUGAACGAGGUGUUAUACUGUUUCUGAAGUGUUGUACUGGGUAGAAAUGCUUAGGCUGACAAGUGUGUGUGUAUAUGUGGAAAUUGUAUGUAACCUUUAUAACACAAUUUGAAUUGUAAACACAUUUUUCAGUAAAAAUAUUAACUUAGUAUAUGAAGCAGCGCCUUUUGGUUAUGUUUAUGUAGAAAAUUACCUUUUGAUAAUCACAUUUUUGUAUAAAAACUGCCUGGUCCAACUUCA